UGACACUUCACACAACCGCAAUAAGCAAACAUGGCGGCGGCCGUCGACAGUGUUGUGAAAGUGCUGGGAGAGCAGUAUUACAGAGAUGCCAUGGAGCAGUGUCAUAGUUACAACGCUCGUCUGUGUGCUGAGCGCAGCAUCCUCAUGCCUUUCCUGGACUCUCAGACUGGUGUAGCCCAAUCCAACUGUUACAUCUGGAUGGAGAAGAGACACCGGAGCGCAGGUGUAGCUCCAGGGCAGCUGUACACCUACCCAGCCCGUCGCUGGAGGAAGAAACGGCGUUCUCAUCCCCCUGAGGACCCUCGAUUGGCUUUCCCUCCUCUCAAAGCAGCAGAUCUGGAGCUGGGCCUGAAGCGUGAUGCACUGGGGACGGUGGAUGGCAGCAGUCUUGAGGCCCUGCUGAAAGGGGAGCCCCUUGACAGGAGGAGCGGUGUGUCAGACCUCCGCGGCCCUGAGGAUGACCCAGCCGCUGUGGAGCCUCCUGCGACUUCAACGACCACUCAGACAUCCUCCGGGCGCAUUCGCAAGAGAGUCCUGGACCACGACGACUACUUGGAUGAUCUGGAUGAUGAAGACUUUGAGGAUGAGACUCCCAAGAGACGAGGCAAGAGCAAGUCCAAGGGACGCAGUGACAAGAAUGGCAAGAAGAAAACGGAGGCUGCAGCUGCAGCGCUGGAGGAGAGGGACAAACCUUACGCUUGUGACAUCUGUGGAAAGCGCUACAAGAACCGUCCUGGCCUGAGUUACCACUAUACACACUCUCACCUGGCAGAGGAGGAGGGCGAGGACCGCGAGGAGAUCGAGGCACCACCCACUCCUCGCCAGCCUGAGGAGCAGAAGACUACUAAGAAGGGUCCUAACGGGCUGGCGCUGCCCAACGAUUACUGUGACUUCUGUCUGGGUGACUCCACCUUAAACCAGAAGACUGGCCAAUCAGAAGAGCUGGUAUCCUGCUCAGACUGUGGACGCUCAGGCCACCCUACAUGCCUGCAGUUCACACCUGUGAUGAUGGCAGCAGUGAAGACCUACCGCUGGCAGUGCAUUGAGUGCAAGUGCUGCAAUGUUUGCGGCACCUCAGAGAAUGACGAUCAGCUGCUGUUCUGUGAUGACUGUGACCGAGGCUACCACAUGUACUGUUUAACUCCCCCCAUGACUGAACCCCCUGAGGGGAGCUGGAGCUGCCACCUGUGCCUGGCUCUGCUGAAGGACAAAGCGUCCAUAUACCAGCAGAAUCAGAGCUCUGCCCCCGAGUGACAUCAUAUCAGUAAGUCCCACCCCCUCAGCAGCGGGACCCCCAACCCCGAUCGAAAAUGUCAGACCUCCUCUCAGUUCAGAGCUCCACGCUCUGUCCAGAUGUAGCUGAGCCAGAUCGCAUAUCAGCUUUAGAAGUUUUCAUAUCUACAGCAUCAACAGGGGGACUCAAAACCAAAACAGACCUCAGAUCAGUCAAAGUAGGGAUCAAACAUCACUACCAACCUGCCUGCGAAGUCCCUGAGGCUUGCUGUCAAACACAUACAUAUUGUUGCAUAUACACAGAACAGACACACACUCACUCCUGGACUGUUAGACACACACACACUAGAUGCAGAGACGGAGAGCAUGCGGUUACCAUAGUAACCGCUGUCUCCAUGGGAGCUCCCGGAUUAGCAUCACAUGCUAAUUAUCUGCACCCUGUCACACUCAAAGACACAGUGCGGACUGUUGAGACAACACAUUUUUUUUUUCAGCCAAAUUAUCUAUUUUUACUCCCUAAAUGUGGGAAAAAGAAAACUUCACCACGUAUAUGGUCAAAGAAAUUAUUAUAAUUAUUAUUAUUGUUAUUGUUAUUGUUCUAGUGGAGUUUUGUAGUGGCAUUUAUCUGUGUACUUUUGUCUGAUCCAUUGCAUCGAUUAUCUUUUAAAGCGGUUUUCCCUGAGAGGAGCCGGUCAGUGCCAAGGUCCAUCAUCAUCUGAUGUACACACCAACAGUGACACACAGAGCUUUUCAUAAUCGCUCAAACCAUCGUGUUUCAUUUUAAAUAAGCGGGACGAAGACUACGGCUUUGACUCGUUAAGCUGUUAGCACAAAAUCUUUGGCCUUGCUACUUUAGGGUUGCAUCAAAUCCAACUUUUCAUCACUGAUUCUGUCACUGGACAGAUGAGUUACUUUAACCAAACACUAUACAACUGAGCAUGUACUGUAGGUUGGGCUCAUGAGAUAAACACUUUUAGUAUAAUGUUAUUUUUAAUAUUAUUUCUCCAUCAGACAGAGCUAACAUUCUCUUAUUUUGAAAAACCUAAGUUAGAAAUUACUGUCAUAGGGGAAACUGAUAGCAGCUCCAUAUUUUAGUCCCACACGAAACAAGUAACCACGAGGUGCAUCUGUUUCUCUAAGACGUUUUUGUGGUAGCUUUUUAGAAAGCGUUUGGCAGCAACGUCGUCCUUCACAAGUGAUUGUAAAGAGCUGCUUUCGAACUGAUGACACACAUGACCAUUAACAAACUGUAGCUGCUUUUAUCAUUUGUCACACUGAGGCAGAUUUGCAUGCAGACUGCACCUGUAUGAAUGCGCACACACUCACAUCACAAGUAUUUUUGUUGGGUUUUUUUUUUUUUUUUUUUUUUUACAUUUUAUAUUACUGAUAAUCCGUUGGUAUUGGGAGUUUUUCUAGUAGAAUUUUGUAAAGUCUAUCGUAUAGCAAACACUUCAAGUAUAUAGCUCCUAAUGCAUUCUGUGUACUGUAUUGACUUUUUCUAUUUUUUGUUAUGACUGUGACAUGUUUGAAUUUAUUUGAUUAUUCUGAUAUGUCAAGCCUCCAUUAUGAGUAUUUGUAAAAUGAUGUACUUUGUUGUACUAUUUUUAUUUUUUCAUUUCUUUGGUAUUGAAGCCAAUUUAGCCUGACUGAAAUAAAAAUCACUUUGAAUUACGGGUCCAUUGCUAUUGCUUUAAAUACAUAAUUACUAGCACGUUUAAAGAGACAUUAAAAGGACGUGUAAUAUAUAUUGCUAUAUAAUUUGGUCAGCUGUGCUGUGAAGGAUUUUGGUGUCCUCGAAAAUACUGUGUUGCUUUUAUAGUGAGGACUCGAUUUGUGUCCCUUUAGUCCUGGUUGUUGGUGCAGGUGACCCACAAAACACCAGCUUCAUACUUCAUACUCACUUUGUCCAAGCUUUAAGCACAUGGUCAAACUAACAGUAGAAAACUGCAACAGAGGAGCUAUUAUAAAUGUAAAAUGUUAGGAAAACAAUAACAAACAAAAAAAAGCAUACAAUUUUGUCUUUGUAGUUUUCUUUAGAAAUGGAAUUCCCUUGGACUGAGAUGAUGACGCAUAUUGUACAUUUUCCUGUUUACACAAAAGGGUAAAAUUUGAUUAUUAUUAUUUUGUAUACAGCAGAAACAUUAGUUUAAGGCAGUUAGAUAUUAAAUACACGGUCCAAUAGAAUUAAUGUGUGGACCUACUGGGAUUCCAGGGGUACAAGUGUGCAUUCAGUGUGAGCUUUAACAGACCUCCUGUUUCAGCUGAUUGUCCUUUAAGUGAAUGAGCUGGCUGCUUAAACCCGCACUGAUCUGUGUCCUGAUUUCAGCACUCGGACAGCUCAAACAGCUGAGCGCUGAGGAGCUGUCCCUGGUUCUGAAAAGCUGCAGCUUAACAGCUUCAACUUGCCUCUGGCUACAGCACAUUGGUCUCAUGCAAAUUUCUGCUGGAAACUGUUUAUCUGAAAGGGCAGAUGUACAAUAUUAAACAUAAAUCUUAAAAAGUGAAGAAAUUUCCUGUUUUGGGCUACAACAAUCAUAAUCCUGUGCGUUUGUGAUAGUACCACUCACAAUCUGGACCACACAGUGGUCCCGCAGUGUUUCAGUGAUUAGCUCCUCUACUCCUGUUUAAGAAGUGUUUGUCCAUGAAUUGUUGUUGUUGAUUUAAUAAAUGAGAAAAUUUUGUGUUAAAUAUGCAGCUGUUUUCGGAGGUCAGUGAAGUGUUGAAGCUCAG